AGCUGCAGCGGUGUAGGCGUAGGCGUAGAGUUUGGAAGGGCGCCAUGAGGUUAAUGACCCACAAUGUGCUGCAAUGCAACAAGAAGGGCGUGCAGAACGGGUUCCCACUCAUCAUCAAAGCCACGUCCAUGAAAUACGAGGAGACACCUUUCGACAAGAGCUUUGUGAGCGCCAUGAUCCCUAAGAUCGAGUACCAUGCACUACUCAAGGCGGUCUCCGAAGUUCAGCAGUGUCCAAACAUCGCGGGCAUGGACAAGCUUGGUUCCCUCCCAGUGCUGCCGCUGGCCAUGCCAGCAAACCCUGAUGAGGACGAGGACUUUCUGAGGAGGCUACAUACUGUACUCUUCGACCUUUCUAUGCUAGAGGGGGAGCUGGUUUGUCCAGAGUCAGGCCGAGUGUUUCCUGUAAAUGAUGGCAUCCCCAACAUGCUGCUCAACGAUGAUGAGGUGUAAGUCAUGUUGGGCCGACUUGUUAACGCACCGAGGGCCUCAGGGC